AUGAACAGUCAGCAACAAAAUUAUUUCAUUGAAACGUUGACCAAAUCACCAUUCCAUCAUCGUUAUUAUUCGACAAUCUUUUAUGAUCAACCAGCACGUCGUGACAGUUAUAAGAUGGCUAUUCACACAUCUAAACAUGACCAUUUACAAUUCCUCUAUACAACUUCAUCCUCAUCGUCGUCGUCUUCAGCAUUAUCAGUGCAUAAUCAUAUUAACACAACUCAAUCGCUUUACACGCUACAUCGCGGCUGUUCGCAUUGUAUCAAUGAUCAUAUUCAACGGAGUAUUAGUCAACCAGCUGUUCGAUUACCCGAUAACGAUGUCCUUUUGGAAAAUGCUACAUUUAUCCUGGAUUCACCCGUUUUUGCCCUUCGUCCUGCUCAUCACCGAUCUCGUGCAACAUUGCCACCGCCAUCAACACAAGUACCAUUGUCUAAACCACUCUCGACGAGAAGUUCAAUCACUGUUAAUGAAGCUAUUACCGAUGUGAAUGAAUCGUCGUCCAAUGCAUCAAUUGUUUCCAUUGCUGCAAUCUAUCGUAUUGUCUUUCUACGAUCAUUUGCAUCGAUGUUUGUUCUGGCAGGUUUAUUUACUACCGAAGUUCUACAAACAUCGAUCUACCCACAUGAGUAUAGUUUUCCAUCGUUGAUCGCAUUUCAUUUAAGCUCAUCCAUUGCAGCAUUGUUAUUCGCUGCUCAUGUUUCACACAUUCAAUCGACUCAUUAUCGUUGGAAAAUUUCCAAUGUACUCGCAUACGAUCGUUUUUCCCAGAUUUUACUCAUUUGUUCAACCUUGCUGACUUCUACAUGGCUCGUUCUUCAAUAUUUUUAUUCAUUCUAUUAUCUGUCAAUCGUUGGUGCAUGUACAUCAGGAAUUAGUCUAAGUUGUAUGAUCAUAAAAACAUACGAUCAUCUACUGCAAUUAUCUACAUCGCUACUAAUGGAAAAUAUGAAGAUUUUAACAAUUCGUUUCAACAUAUUUAUGUUUAUUUAUAACUGUAUCUGUCACUUAGCAUUAGUAAUCGGUGGUAUUUGUUUUCUGACCAUUAUCAUUUUUAAACAAUGGAGAAAUGAGUACAUACUGAUCGGUUCUCCAACAUGUCUAUCGAUUCCUUGCGCACAAUUGAUUAAGCAACAGAAAACUAAUGAUGAACUCUUUAGACUACUACCUGAAACUGUCUCGAUUGACUUAUCCGUGUAUUUCGCCGAGAACAAACAGAUCUGGAUUAAUGAUUCCAUGCGGUACUUGUAUCUUCUCGUUCUCGGACUGUUAACCAUCAUCGGUGUUUGCGUACAAGCAAAUACGAAAUGGUCGACAUCAAUCAUGGGUAUGAACAAACGCUUGUCGAUUAUACAAUAUGCCAAUGACGAUACAUUGAAUGAAAUAUCGAAAUUAACAAAAUACAAACACUAUUUAAUAGCAAUAUUUAUGGGUUUUCAAGAAGGAUAUUUAUUUGGAAGUCUUGUCAAAUUUGAUGUUACAUGUCUUUAUGGUAUUCGACAUGCUGUUGAAAUGUUGAUUAUCUACGGAUUUACUGCGACAAUAUCGAGUAUAUUGGCAGCGUUGAUUAUUCGACGUGUGACAUUGAUGACGUCAAUUACGUUCACAGUUCUGCUUCAUUCGAUGACCAUCGUUCUUCUCUUCUUCAUUCGAGAACAUAUUGCGAUUUAUAACCUUCAACCAAUGAUACUAAGAUAUCUUCUAUUUCUAUGUUAUGGCUUUGUUUUCGGUUUGUGGUCAACCAUUUUCAUUCAUUCGAUGUGUCAUUCAAGAAAGUUCUCCUCGUCAUCAGCGUUUGCCCAAUCCUUGACUUUUCGUUAUCUCGGCCGACUAAUCGCCUAUUCAUGUGCGCUGCAUCUUUGCCAAGCCUUUCUCUUCUAUAUCAAUGCCAUCGUUUUAAUUCUGAUAUUUAUCGUUCUGUUGAUUUGCUACUGUUGUUGUAAUCAAUAG